GGCCCCUCAGUGCAGACCGAAAAAUGUGGCAAUGCCAUCGCCGAUACUUGGGACUGUAUUUACGAAAGCAGCGGCGCCACCUUUACUGCCGCUAAUCGCACCGAGGUCAGUCAAGAGAUUGGGCCCGGCUGUCGCUGUGGAUGUAUUGUACAUUUGGGCUCGUCAAAGCCGAAGCGCAUUUUGGCAGGCGCCACACAAAGCUGUCCGGGACGCUCGUUUUGGCUUAUACAGGUGGAUGGCGAGGAGAAUAUUGCGCUGAGUUUGAACUUUUUGCGCUUGCCCUGUCCGGCGCAGUACAUCAAAGUACGUGACGGUCCGUCGCUCUCAUCGACGUUGCUCAUUGAAUUGAACGGCGGAAGUAAUUUAAAUAUGCCAGCACAAAUAGAAUCGAGUGGCGCGCAAUUGUUGCUGGAGUUCUAUGCGGGCGAAGCGAGCGAUAUGCAAGCGUCCGCCAACGGCCAGAGCAACAACAACAGCAGCAACAAUACGGUGGCGGGCAGCGUUAGUGCCGCUUGCACCGGUGGCUUUUUAGCGAAUGUCGAACAAAUUGCAGCGCGCAAUGAGACAACAACUACUUUACUGGCCGCAGCCACCAGCAGAUUGUCGGCAAAGAAUCGCAACGUUUCGCAGAAGCCAAAAUUUAGUCGUUCGAAAUUUACGUUGGUCCACUUGAGUGCGGUGGUCUUUGCCAGCAUCAUUAUCUUGAUCAGCGCCUUGUUGGGUGCGCAAUAUGUUGUACGUUAUCGSAAGUACCAUUUGGCAGUGGCGCGUCGUCGUGAUGAAGGCUCUCGACUGCACACGCCACGCGCCUCAAUGAGCUCCUUGCAAGGACCGCCAUCACGCGCCAUUUCGACUACCACGCUGCUAUCGGAGGUCAUCUAUUUGGUGAAGAUGCGUCCGAAACAUCAGUUACGUCACUCCAUAUUGCGGGAGAGCGUCGAUGCGGAGAAUUUGGCGCGCGAAACGGAAUUCAAUGACCCCGAAGAAGAAGAGGAUGCCAAAACGACGACACGCAUGGUAAAGUGCGAUGAAGAGCGUGGCAGUAACAGCUCAGUUGUCACUUUGCGCAAUGAAAUCUCACAAUCGCCAGAAUCUGUGAGUGGCAUCAGUCGGUCGCCUUCACUAGAGGAGGGUUUGGGCUCUACUACGGGCGCYGGUGAGACUAGCGGCAUUUUUAGUGGCACACUAACACGCAAGGACAGCGGUAAGGACACCGAGUCGAUCAUUUCGUCAGGUAUGAGUUCAAUUUGCGCCAGUCCACCYAUCAGACAUAGCAGUCGCUUCAACCGUUAUGGGCCCUCAGGCACAUUGAUGCCGCAUUCAGCACAACACUUAGACCAAACGACGCUYAGUGAUCGCGACUCAUUGCGUUCGUCGCUCCGCGAAUACGUGUCACGUUGUGCGAGCGCUUCGCUGACAAAUGGCUGCUAUUCACCAGCUGCAAGCGUCGUUAGCACAGCAACCAUACGUACCACCAAUCCUAAGGAGAGCAAAGAGAAGCAGAAUCGCAAAAAGUUACUUGCACGACCCGGUUCUGAAUUUUCACUGGGCAAUCAGGAAGAGCUCGAGCUCGAUUACUACGAUUACAAUGUGAUAAAUGCCGGCGCAGCACCGGGUUCCUAUUUGGGUAUGGAUCCGGCGCAACUGAUCUGGGURCCACCGCUUGAGGUGAUCACCGAUCUGCGCGAUGAGGAUGAUAAAACACCUGAACCMAUGCCGGAACCCGACGAGACUGAGCCGCUCUAUGAGGAGAUCAAAAUGCCGCGAUAUGGGCAUUAUUUGAGCGCGCGCAGCAACACAGAGUCGAGCGCCAACACCACCAGCAAUACAACACCYUCAUCCGAUGAGCUCUCGCCACUCAGCAGUCAACUGCAGUCGAAGGCCUCCUCGCCCACCACCGAAAUGAAUCUAAAGAACACAUUGCUACAGCAAAACAUAUCCACAAGCGCGGCCAGUAAACAACCCACACCCUACUUUUCGCGCAAGCAACGUCGCCACGCCAAACAGCAAUCACGUUCCMCCUCUUCGCUGCGCAGCGGCGCACGUGAUGUGGUCAUACAAAUGCAACAGUUGUGCAGCACCAAAUCCGCACGUAACAUACACAGCUCACCAACAGUAUCGAUGGAAGCGGCGGACGCGGUAUCGGCGCAUGCAACACCGCGUGACACACCCGAAAUACCCGCUGUAUUGUUGAAUUCYAUCACCGACUCCAUGACCGAGUCCAUGACGGGCUCUUAUGUGGAGAAAGAAACUUUAGUCGAGAAGAAGACAUCGCCMGAAUUAAGCGACGGUCUACUCGGCUUAGACGACAUACAGUUCGCYGAUGAGAGCGAAAGCGAUCACGAUAUGUCCAAGCAAAAGUGUAGCAAAUACGAGCAGGUGAAGCCGAAAACAGCAUCCGCAAUCAAAGCGCGCAUGCAGCACUCCUCAAGGGUGGCGGAAAAGUUGAAGCGCGUCAGCGCCGACUGUGCAAUAUUGGAGAAACGCGGUCUAGUCAAAGAGCCAAGCUCGUAUCGCAUCGAAACGAAUGUAUGAGUAAUAAGUAAUUGGAAUUAUUUUGUGGUGGCGCUUGAGCGCGCAAGAGCUGAGCUCACAAUGAUUUGAGGCGUUAUAUAUAGUACAUAUAUUACAUAAAUACAAACCUACUUGAUAAUGCACGCAUGCAGCAACACAUACAUAUACAAAUAUAUAAAUGGUAAGCGUAAAUGAUUAUGUCAUAAUACUAAUUAGGGGAAGGGCUAGCAGCUAGCUGGCAGUUGUUCCAUUGAUUACUAAUUAUAGGUAUCCGUUUCGUUUGCUUUUCCGUGUAAAUAUAUAAUGAUAACAGUAAUUAUUAAACAGUAGUUGUGUAGUUUAAAAAAAAAUAAGAGAACUAACCGUUUAAUGUAAAAUAUAUGGUUAUGUGUAUUGUACUAAAGUAGCGUAACAAAGGCGUUUUUUAAGUAAUUACACUGAUCUUAUUUAAAUACCUUGUGACCAAAAAUGUUUACAUACACACAUAUUCAUACAAACGUACAUAUUACAACCAAUAUCUAUAGUAAUUCUUAAAUGUCUGCCAAGUUUAUUCAAAACAAGGUGGCUGGCGGAGAAGUGGAGGCAACAUUUAAAAUCCAAUUUCGCUUACAUUGAGGUCAUCGUAAGAAAUUGUAGUCAAACAUAUUGUUCAGGGCAUUACCAAGCCCCUUAAGGGGUUACAUGUGUUUCACGAUUGCAAAAAAAAUGUUUUUGUUGCCUUAUUAUAUUCWAUGAAUUUUUCUACUGACCGUUUUUGAGUGGCGCACUUGAAUUAAAAUUUUUCUUAAAUCUGUUUUCGAAGUCGGUUAUCAAGAUUAUUUCUCGCUAUCUUCUUGAAAUCUUACACACGUCUUCGAAAAUCAUUUACAAACUUUUAAAAAUUAUUUUAUUUAUUCCAAAUUUUCGUUUGGCAAAAAUUUUAUCUCUUUUACAUAUCCACCAUUUUGCGAAAUAUUUGUCUAAAGCUUAAAAYAAAUGCAUUUACUAGCAGCUGUUAUGUAAACAAAGAUCACUUAUGUAUGUUAUGUUUCAGAGAGUAYCAUUUCCUAGAAUCGCUUUCGCGUGCUAUACAUAUAUGUACAUACAUAUUUUUUUGUCGCUACUGUUGUAAAUAUUCGUGCAAACACCAACGACAGAGAUAUCUCUGCCAACGGCUUCUACA